UGGCAACUGCUUUCCAAAGGUAGCGCGCGCGUUAUUAUGUCUCCAUGUUAUCUUACAGCAAAGUACCGAUUUCUUGCCGUUAAGUGACAAUGGCUGAUAUGUUAUCUUUGAAAGAAUCAGUUCUGGUUUAUUUAGACAGAAGUGGUGGCCUCCGGAAACUAGCCGAGGACUGUAAACCAUUAAACGACCCCCAGCAGAUUGAGGCGGUCUACAGGUUUUGUGUGAGUGUGAAUCCAUCUGAUGUGAUAGAGGUGGACCCUGUACUGGGUGACUGCGUUCUGCGUGAUCCCCUAAGAGCAACGGCCUUGUUUCAGUCCGUUUGCUUUCUGGCCAUAAAGACACUUUCACUUGUUGAGAAAAUACACACCGAAAGUCAGGUGAACGUCAUACUGAAGCUGACACACCUGCCUCCGUUCCCUGAGUACACGUUGGACAUUUCUAGUUAUCCUCGCAGGUAUGGUCCAGUGAGGCCUGUCUCCAUGGAGGGCUUGGUCAUUGCCAUGACAAGGGUCACAAAAUACACCCAGGGGGCCAGGUUUCUCUGCAUUAAUGAUGACUGUCCCUGCUACACAGGGUUUCACCACAUUCGUGUCCAUGCCCCUGGAGCCACAGAGUCAGCUACGGUGGGAAUCAACUUCAGCUGCAUGGUUUGCAGCUCCCCACUGAAGGAGGAUGUAAAGUUUAGAGUGUUGGGAGACAAACAGCUUGUUGAGCUGAUACAUAUCAAAGCACUGGAUGGUGUAAGUGCCCAUCAGCAGAGCUCGCUCAGGUACCAGUCUGUCACCCUGUUUCUCAGAGAUGAACUGUGUAACUCAAUGAGAAUCGGUCGACUCUACAGGGUGUUAGGCAUUCCUGCGCAUGUGCACCAGUGGCCCAGCAUUACCUGGAGUGUAGAGGCAAAUAGUGUCCAACUGUGGGAGCCAGAGUCUCCCCACAAAGUCAGUGCCAGCUUCCAGGAGCUGUUGAAGGCCACAGCGGGUUCACCCUGGAGGUUCUCUGCCAUUGUGGCUCAGUGCCUUGGGUUGGACGUGGCUCCUCCAGGCCUCUACAACACAUUAAAGCUGGGCUUGUUGCUUAGCUUGGUACAGACUAGAGCAGAUUCAGAAGACACAUUUCACAACUUGGAUCUCCUCGUCGUCUCCACUGACACUCUCAUACCAGACAGACUGAUGACCUACAGCCUGAACUUGGCAUGUCGUGGGGUCAGACACCAGGCCUCAGGGGAAAUGUUUGUGUCUCUGUCCCGGGACGAACACGGGGCAGGCACUGCUAACAUCCAUGCUGGCUCUGCCCUGCUAGCCACUGGUGGCAUUUGCAUGUUGGGAGAUCUGGGCUGUUACAAGAAGGAGAGACUGGAGGCCAUUCAGUCAGUUUUGGAGAGCCACACGGUGUCUGUGUUCAUCCCAGGGAAAAAGUAUGGUGAGAAUGCUGACCAGCAGCUUUCCUUCCCAGUCCAGUGCAGCUUCUGGGCCCUUGCAGAUGCCUCUCGACGGUCUGGGAGGGCAGAGUGUGCCGUACUGGGAACAGCAGAAAUGGGACCCUUACCAAUUCAGUUGGCAGAUGCUUUUGGUCUGGUCAUACAUUGUAGGGACAUAGAGGGAGAGCAUGCCAUUCUUGCCCAGACUGUCCACACCCUCCAGCAGGCGGUGCAGCUGGGAAAAACCCUCUACUCAUCAUGCAGGGAGUUUUCUACUCAAGACUACCGGGAGCUGGUAGCUCAUGCACAGAGUUUGCAAGUGGAGCUUAGCCCCGAGGCAGAGAAAUUAAUCCACGGUUACUACAUGGCCAGCCGUAGAGUCCGAACACAGAGUCAGGGUGUCAAGAUGUCUGUGGCCUCUAUCAGACUACUGAUUUCUUUGGCAGAGGCUCACUGCAAGUUGUGUCUGAGAACACAAGUACUGGAGGAAGAUGCUGUGAUCGCUGUGCUCCUCUGUGAAAACUCUGUCACUCUCAAACAUGGGGCCUCCGCUCUUGUUAUUCCACCAAAUGCAGUAUUUCCUUGUGACCUGGGAGAUGUGGAUGGUUUGCACAAGAGAGACGUGACCCUGGAUGAGCUCCACCAGAAUAUCCUACGCUUCAUCUACACCUACGCACCGGGAGCAGACACUUACAUCACAGAGGAGUAGGACCUCUCUGAAGGUUUAAAAACACGGCUCGCAUGAAUAAGAUGUACUGAAGAAAUAGCCAAUAUGGUGAGGACGGAUAUGACUGAUCACCCGAAGGUCAAAGGGUACAGCGCAACACAGCUUGGAAGCAUGGCUACCGUCGCAGGUCUGAGCAUGGGUUCAACAGCAGGUCACGACCUCUGCCAUGACCUUACGUCCUCAGAGGGAGCCAUGAUGACUGUCCCCGCUGAAAUAAUGGGAGGGGACAAUUGCUUGACCAGCAGCUCUUCUGCUGACCCCUGGACACAACCAGAUAUGGUCAGGGCUGUAAAAAAUAAAACUGAAUGACACAGAGGGCGUUUUUAACCCCCAACCCCUUUUGAACUGUCUAAAAGAAUGAUUUAUUGCAUUUGUGCAGGGAUGAGACAUGUCCAUAGUGAGACACCGGUUUACCAAUAGAUAUGAUUACCUUAAACUUUCAUUACAGUCACUGGAUCUUAACAUUGCCGCAAUAUGAGAUGCGAUUAACAGGCGUGAGGGUAAAUGAAUGGAUCGGGACAUUAAAAUCACACCCAAAUGCAUGUGCGUUUAUGUCGACGGCUCAAGGAUUAAACGGCAUAGAAAUUCACUUGCAGUGUUAAAUGAAAGCUACCCAUGUGCGCUGUAUCAUACCUUUUAACAGGAAGUAUUAUUUGAUUUGGGUUAUGAUGGAGACUCCUCCAAAUAAAGCGUAGAAAGCCUCGCACUUUUCUCCCACGUGGCAGAGACGCGAGCUAACUUGGCUAGCCGUUAGCUAACUGGCAGCUAAAACUGCGAAUUCGCUCGGAAACACGUCCACGACAAUCAAACAUCACAGCUCUGGAAACAUAUAAAGCCGUGUCUCUGUUGCCUACCUUUGUGGUGAAGGUUAAUCAAGAACCAGGCUUGUUGAUUUUCAGAUGAAUCGAGGAGCAGAGCUUCUCUGUGCUCAUGGCUGAGUCUCCCAAGAAAAGAGGAAGCAUUUCCGGAUCCGACCUCCUUUCACUGCGCCCCGAAGCUGCGCACUGCAGGUCUCAAAGCGCACAGCUGGGCAGUAAUUAUAUAUAGAUAUAUAGAUAUAUAUAUAAGCAUAUUGUCACCACGAACGACAUCCUAUUUUAAGGACACUUAUCUUGGAGAUAGAAUUGGCAAUUAAUGCUUUCUCAAUAUUCCAUCACAAAAAGGCUUCCAUUUAGCUCCCAAAUAAAAUAUCGCCAAAUAACUUGCAAACCUGUAAGCCCCCUCACUCCCCCAGUCUGCUCGUUCAAACAUGCACUACACCCUGGUUUCCUCUCAAAAAUGUGGUGAUCUGCUAGUGCCUUUAGCAGUGCUUCGAUAAGUUACAUCAUAUAAUCCGAUCAAUUAGUCUAAAAAGUUUAAUUAAUUGUUUAUGUGAAAUGUAAAGUGGGUAACUUGCUUAAUAAUUACGCCUUUAGUGUAAGUAUUUGUUGUUUGCUUUCUUAACCAUGUUGUGACUAUAAACACGGCUGCUGUAAACUAUUUUUAUUAACGUUUAGCCCAGUGGAUCUUUGAAGCCAGCCUGAAUGCCUGUUGCAUAUUCCUCAGUCAGGUGCAGUGAUUAUAAUUAAAUUACACCAAUUCAAUUUUGUAAAGUCAUCUGUUAUUCUGUAUUUAUCCUACAAGCGUUAACCACCGCUGUAUUUUGAUUGUUAUUGUCACAGAAUUAGAGCGACUUUUUCAUGAUCACAAGAACAAUCUUAGAAGGCCAGAAAAUACCUUACGCUUUUAGUAAUAAUAAUAAAAAUAUAUUAAUGACAAUAAUAAUAUUAAUAUUGAUAAUAAUAAUAAGAUAAGGUCUGUGUGGCCUUUCAACUGUCAUACUAUUAUACAAACGGGCCUGAUGAAAAAAAAGGACACUUUCGUAGAUUUUCUGUUAUCGUAAAACCCCGUAGGAGUCUCGUCUUCUUUCACUGAAGUCAUUUAUUCACAAACACAUUUACAGCCAUGCAUGUAAAAAUAAGAAGGAACAUGAGAUGAAGAGCCUCCAUUGUUGACUCUCUGACAGACCCACUUCACAUGACAGAUGUUUAGUUAUUCACACAUGCAUUUAGUGCAAAUGUUUCAACUCAAAGUGCACACCUCAAGCAUGACGGGCUCGUUACCCCGUGGAAUUUCUACAAAUAUCAUACCUGGGACAUGUACGGAACUGCACAAUGCAGGGCAAACAGGAUCAGCCAAAAUAACAACAAAGAAACACAACGUAUGCUUUCUCAAGAUUUGUACAAUAAAAUUCACAUAAUAUAUUAAUUUACAAUGUCUUCCUGUAGGUAGGGCUUUGGUGGGAGUAAAAUCAGACUAAUUGCUCUACAAUCAUGAGGCAUAUGCUGCUGCUGCCGCAGUAAACAGCAAGGACUCAUGCAAAUAUGAAAUGGUUUCGUACAUGUGAUUUAAGCCCGUUACUGGGAGGAGGACGACGAUGGGCCUUGAUUCUCUGACUCUGAGUGAUUCGUGGCGUUCAGGAACUGUCCGGUUGCUCCGACAUACAGUCUGGACCGCAUAGGCCAUUUCUGUAAAGACAAUUAAAAAUCUGUUAGAAAACAGCUUCUUGUUAAAUAAGCUACAACCGAGGUCGAUGCUGCGUGCUUUGAAAAUGUACUGCAUUAAGUAAAAGUGAGCGAUGACCGUUAAAAGUCACUCUUUCAGACCGUAGAUGAUUUUAGUGAAUAAAUUGUUGAGCAAAGACAAUUUCUUUGACAACCAAAACAAAUGAAAAAUUAUUAUUACCAUUGCUACUGUUGCUUACCUUCACUGGGUGCAGGUAGCCAUCACCUUUCAGUGAGUGUAACGCCUCCGUUUGCUUUGUGCUCUCUCCUUCCUCCGUCCCUUCUUCUUGUAGUGUUCGAGUCAAAUGCGCAAUGUACGUGGUGGCCAGUAUCAGCACGUCGAGUUUGGACAGUUUGGUGUCCGGCGGCACCGAAGGCAAAGUCCUUUGUAGCUCCAGGAAGGCGGUUCUCAGGGUUUGCACUCGGCUCCUCUCCCGCGCUGCGUUAGCUGCUGCCGGGCGUCCUCUCCCGCCGAGCCCGCCGGUUUGGAGCACCCUGGCCCGCUGCAGCUCCCGACGACGGCCGUCCGGACUGGGGCUGGAGCUCGGACUGGAUGCAGGGCUGCUGUCAUCCACCACGGCCCCGGAGCAGUUACCGCUGUCCAUUCGGAGAGUCUGUCUUCCAACCAUCGGAGUGCACCUACAAACCUGAAGAAUUGCAAAAGAUGGAUAAAGACACAUCAAAUCAGUUUUAGUAGUUUCACCUGGUCAUUACAGUGUUGCACGUUUUAUUGAGCUCUAGUUAAAAUUAACAAGCCUAUUUUAAAGACAACAUGUGAAUUAUUUAUUAUCCUUUACGCUUCUGUUCAACCUUUAACUUAACUUUUAAAUCACAUAAUUUAAGCUGUUGCCUAUGCAUUUAUUUAUUAAACCAAAACCUGAACU